AGCAAAACAAAACAAACAAACAAAAGCUGAAAUAAUUCACAUGCUUAGCAAUUUGAAACUAUGAAGUGAUAAAUAUUGGCUUGAAAGAUGAACGGAAAAAAACUGCUAAGCAAUUCUAGUGACAUGUGUUUUAUUCUUCACUAAAAAUUCUGAGGCAUCCAUCAGGGGACAGAGCAGCCAUGGCUCCUCUAAAAACACACCCAAACAUACUCACAAGUCUUGCGCUAAAAGACAUCAUCUCAACGAGAAGUAAAGUCCCCAUGAACAUUCCUCAAAUCAAAAACACGAAAGAUGUUGUUCGGCCUAAGCGAAAGGCUGAUUGUUCUCCAUCCAAAGAAAACAGAGGCAACAAUAAAAGGAAACCCAUGGGUGAUCGGGAUGUUAAUGCCACCGAAAUGAAAAUAAAAGCUGCUGAUGACAAACAGAAAAAAGUUGCACCAGUGAAAAAAGCUACUGUGCAGGUUAGGGCAUUACCCUCAGUGAAAACGGUGCAGAAACAAAGGCAGAAUGAAAAUCUGCCGCCCCCACAAGCACCAGGGCACAAGAUUGUAACAAGAGCAGCCGUGAAGAAUGUUGUACCAAAUCAAACAGCGGUUAUACCAAAAGAAGUACUUAAGGAAACAAAUGCAAUGAAAGUAACUAAACGACUGAGCAAUGAGUUUGAAAAGACUGAAGAGACACUAUACUGCACUGCACUAGAAGAAGUUAACGAUACCACUACCUACUUCAGUGCCAAGAAACAACAUAACCUAAGGUCCUCCAGGGCUUCGGAGUCUCCGCCCUGUGACAAACUGGACGAAAAAGAUAAAGAAGGGAAUAUGACUAUGAUAGCGAAACAAAUAGAAGUGAAACUCAAUCUUGGAAAUCACGAAGUUCCCGAAGAUGUAGAAGAUUAUGACAAAGAAAACUGGGACGAUAUCUUCCAGGUUUCACAUUAUGCCAUGGAUAUUUUCAAUUACCUGAAAGAUAGAGAGAGCCAAUUUGAAAUACCCGACUAUAUGGACAGGCAGGUCUGCUUGUCACGCUGGAUGAGAUCCCUCCUCGUCGACUGGAUGGUAGAGAUCCAAGAAAGCUUUGAGCUCAACCACGAAACGCUCUACCUAGGCGUCAAACUUGUCGACAUGUACCUCAGUAAGAUGACUGUCGGAAAAGAAACCUUACAACUAGUUGGAGCAGCCGCCAUGUUCGUCGCCAGUAAAUACGAUGAAAGGAUACCUCCGCUAAUUGAUGACUUUUUAUAUAUCUGUGACGGGGCUUACUCGAGGCGAGAGUUGGUCAGGAUGGAAGUCAGUGUUUUGAAAGUGUGCGGAUUCGAUCUCGGGAUUCCGAUCAGCUACAGGUUUUUGAGACGAUAUGCCAGGUGUGCAAGAAUAACGAUGCCUGUUCUUACAUUGGCCAGAUACGUUUUAGAAUAUUCUCUCAUGAACUAUGAUACAAUUACGAUAAGGGAUUCCAAAUUGGCAUCUGCUGCACUAUACCUGGCUUUCAAAAUGAAAAAUAUUAGUGGCUGGACGAAAACACUGGAGUUUUACACAGGUUACAAAUUGGAAGAAUUCAAAGACGUAGCCAUACUGCUCAACACUGGCUUACAGAAUCCCCCCAAAUCUCAACUGAUGACAGUGCGCAACAAGUACUCGCACAAGAUCUUCUUCGAAGUAGCCAAAACGCCACUCAUCUCCAACGAUGAUCUCUGAUGAAAGCACAUUCCGUUGAACCUGAAAAGACCAUUGAGUACCUCCUAUGAGCAUUCUACUAACCUUUUACCACCGUUAUUCUUGUGACUAUGACUUUUACUCAAUUUUUUUACUCCUUGCUGUGUUACAUAAUGAAUUACCUCUGUGUCGUAUGAUUCCAAAUUAUUUUUAAGAAAAUAUAUUAAUUUAACUAGUA